AUGUCUAUUGACUUCCCGAAGGAGGAGGAGGUCAUCCUUGAGAAAUGGAGAGAGCUCAACGCUUUCCAUCGUCAACUUGAGCUGACGGCCAAUCUCCCACGAUACACAUUCUACGAUGGUCCUCCUUUCGCCACAGGCUUGCCUCACUAUGGACAUCUCCUUGCAUCCACUAUCAAGGACAUUAUCCCGCGCUAUUGGGCAAUGAAGGGAUAUCAUGUCGAACGUCGCUUCGGGUGGGAUACCCAUGGCCUCCCCAUCGAACACGAGAUUGACAAGAAGUUGGGAAUUUCUGGCAAAGCCGCUGUGAACGAGCUUGGAAUUGGAAAAUAUAACGAAGAAUGUCGAGCGAUUGUCAUGCGAUACGCUUCUGAGUGGAGGGCUACUAUUGAGCGACUUGGCCGUUGGAUUGACUUUGACAACGACUACAAAACCAUGGAUCCUACAUUUAUGGAGACGCUUUGGUGGGUUUUCAAGCAGCUGUUCGAUAAAGGAAGCGUCUACCAGGGCUAUCGAGUCAUGCCGUACUCAACGGUUCUCACAACUGCGCUGAGCAACUUCGAGGCCAACCAAAACUACCAGGAUGUGACGGAUCCUGCUAUUGUGGUGUCAUUCCCCCUCAUUGAGGACCCGAAUGUUAACCUCCUCGCCUGGACCACCACACCAUGGACACUUCCUUCACAUCUCGGCCUGGCGGCACACCCCGACUUCGAAUACAUCAAGCUUCAGGAUGGAAAAUCUGGGAAGAUUUUUAUCCUCCUGGAAAAGCUGUUGAGCACCCUCUACAAGGAUCCCAAGAAAGCCGACUUCAAGAUCUUGGAAAAGAUCAAGGGCAAAGACAUGCUGGGGUGGAGAUACGAACCCUUGUUUGACUACUUCUAUGAAGACUUCAAAGACAAGGGCUUUCGUGUUCUGAAUGCCACCUAUGUCACUGCUGAAAGUGGUGUUGGCAUUGUUCACCAAGCGCCGGCAUAUGGUGAGGAUGAUUACAACGUUGCGCUUGAGGCUGGUAUCAUUUCUGAGAACCGUCCACCACCGGAUCCCAUUAAUGACACAGCUCAUUUCACGGAACGUGUGAGAGAUUUCGCGGGAAUGCAUGUCAAGGAAGCAGACAAGCAUAUCAUCAAGUACCUUAAGAAUUCUGGCCGCUUGGUUGUUGAAUCCCAGAUCAGACACUCAUACCCUAUGUGUCCUCGAUCCGAUACCCCGCUCAUUUAUAGAGCAGUCCCAUCGUGGUUCAUCCGCAUUCCCGAAAUCAUCCCAGAUAUGCUGAAGAACAUUGAGAGCUCGCACUGGGUUCCGAGCUUUGUCAAAGAGAAGCGUUUCGCCAGCUGGAUUGCCAAUGCUCGUGAUUGGAAUGUUGGGAGGAAUAGAUAUUGGGGCACACCUAUCCCUCUAUGGGUCAGUGACGACCUCGAAGAACGCGUGUGCAUCGGAAGCGUGGAAGAGCUGCGUAAGCUCAGCGGACAUGAAGGCGAGAUUACCGACCUUCACCGCGACAAAAUUGAUCACAUCACCAUUCCCAGCAAGAUGGGCAAGGGCGUACUGAGACGUGUCGAUGAGGUCUUCGACUGUUGGUUCGAAUCUGGCAGUAUGCCAUAUGCCAGCCAACACUAUCCUUUCGAAAAUGUGGAUAAGUUUCAAGCAUCAUUCCCUGGCGACUUUAUUGCCGAGGGCCUGGACCAAACCCGUGGGUGGUUCUAUACACUGCUGGUCUUGGGUACUCAUCUCUUCGGCAAGUCGCCCUUCCAGAACUGCGUGGUAAAUGGAAUUGUCUUAGCAGAAGACGGAAAGAAAAUGUCGAAACGCCUGAAGAACUAUCCGGAUCCAGCAAUCGUUAUGCAGAAGUAUGGCUCAGAUGCCCUACGCCUGUACUUGAUCAACUCCCCAGUCGUCAGAGCUGAGCCUCUUCGUUUCAAGGAGUCUGGCGUAAAAGAAGUUGUCCAAAAGGUAUUAUUGCCCCUCUGGAACAGUUUCAAAUUCUUUGAAGGCCAGGUUGCUCUUCUUAAGAAGGUUGAAGGGGUUGAUUACAUGUGGAACCCCGAUCUGGAGAGCACAAACACGAAUGUGAUGGACCGUUGGAUUUUAGCAAGCUGCCAGAGCCUGUUAGAGUUCGUAAACAAGGAAAUGAAAGGAUAUCGGCUCUACACCGUCGUUCCCCGCUUGCUGGAACUGAUUGACAACACCACAAAUUGGUAUAUUCGCUUCAAUCGUCGUCGUCUCAAGGGCGAAAAUGGCCUGGACGAUACACAACACGCGCUCAAUGCGCUAUUCGAGGUGCUUUUUACCCUUUGCCGCGGCCUCGCACCAUUUACGCCAUUCUUAACCGACAAUAUUUACGGUCGCCUUUUAACCCAUAUCCCGAAGAACCUUCAAGCAGAAGAUGCUCGCAGUGUACACUUCCUCCGAUUCCCCGAUGUAAGGAGUGAAUUGUUUGACUCUGCUGUGGAACGACGUGUCUCGAGAAUGCAAAAAGUUAUCGAGCUUGCUCGAGUUUCUAGAGAACGACGCAGCAUCGGGCUGAAAACACCACUGAAAACGUUGGUGGUGCUUCACCACGACCAGCAAUAUCUUGACGACGUCAAGUCUCUGGAAAAUUACAUUAACGAGGAACUCAAUGUUCGAGAUCUUGUUCUCACCAGUGAUGAGGCCAAAUACGGUGUCCAGUAUAGUGUCACCGCCGACUGGCCUGUCCUAGGAAAGAAGCUUAAGAAGGACAUGGCCCGUGUGAAGAAGGCGCUUCCUUCCUUGACAAGCGAACAAUGCCAGGGAUACGUGCGCGAUAAGGAGAUUUUAGUUGAUGGGAUCAAACUCGAAGAAGGCGAUCUGGUGGUCAGACGAGGUGUUAAAGACGACGAGACAUCCAAGACGUGGGAAACUAACACGGAUAGCGAUGUACUCACCCUUUUGGACGUUCACAUUUACGAAGGUCUGGCACAGGAAGGCCUUGCGCGGGAAGUCAUCAACCGAGUCCAGAAGUUGCGUAAAAAGGCAGGCCUGCAGCAGACGGACGACGUCAAGAUGGAGUAUCGAAUGCUUUCUGACCCAGAGUCGAUUGGCUUGGAGGAUGUUCUCAACACUCAAUCUGCUGCCUUCGAGAGAGUUCUCCGUAGACCACUUGAUAAACAUCAGGAGCGAAACACAGGCGAACUCAUUGCGGAGGAAGAGCAAGAGAUCCAGAAAGCAACUUGGAUGCUGAGGUUGCUGAAGCUAUAG